AUGGCCGACGCUAAUCAUCUUCGUCCCACUAGUACUCGAGCACCGGACGAAGAUUCCGAUCAUGUUGGCUCGGGCGCAUCAACACCUCCCGGCGGUGUCUCAACGCCCCGUCCUGAUUUUACCGAUAAACGUCAGCCCGAAUUGGCCCACGCCUACUUUGCUCAGGUUUGUGAUUCUCUCUAUACUCCUCACACACCAUCCACCCACCCUGCCCACCCCUCGGCCCUCACCCUCAGCCUCACACAUGGCCCGAGCCUGAAAAUGAACCCUUCAACCCCGUCCAUCUCUGCUACCAGCGGCGCCCCCCCACCAACUGCUCCCAACUCGCCCAAAUGCUCGCCUUCAACCAGCGGCCAAGGACCGCCACUACUCCCACACGAGCAGACAGACUCUGCCCCACCUUCGUAUCCUACACCACCUCUGUCGUCGGCUUCCUCUCUUCAUGGCCAGCAGGGCGAGGAAGAAGGAUCUGCAGAAGUGCAGACUCCGGUCGAGAACAGCACAUCCGCAGGGCCAGCAAGGCUCCGUAGUUCAACACUGCCUUCGAGCGCCGUAGACACCAUCAUUUCCAGACCCCAUGUUUCAGCACAUAUCUCGAGCCCCGCUACUCGACCCAUCACUGUUCCUGAAUCUUCACAUUCUUCUCGUCCUUCUUCACCUGAGCCUGAACCAUUGGAUAGUGAGAAUAAAGAGCUAACACAAGACUCGAAGAGUACUCCGCCUCGAACACCGCGGGCCUUGUCACACAAUGAGCCUGCUGCUGCUGCGGCAGUCGAAGAGGCACCUGCUUCCCUCGCCCCUCAGAUCUCGACGAUCGAGAAGAGCAGUCGUUCGAGUUCAAACCAAUCGAGUAACCAACCUACUGUCGGCGUAACCAAAGGCCAGCUCUCAGUCAACAUUGUACAGGGAAGAGGCCUCAAGCCCAGCACCGCCCCUUACGUCGUCUGCAUUUAUCAACUGAACGAAGACAUAUCUGGUGGCGCUGAAGUAGAUGCUGUAAACAGCAAGACACAAGAUCAAGAAAGCAACCAGGAUGAGAAUUUGGCAAGAGGAGUCGCAAUGAGAAGGAUGGGUAGUGACUCAGGAAAGGGAAUGAGCAUUCCUAACCUCGGCAGUCGUCAAACCAGUCAGACCGAUAUCCCCAAGCUCAAGAAUGCCGCUUCCGAUCAACUUGUUACUGAGCCAUUGUGGAACCAUAAGGCGGUUUUCGACGUCGUCGGCGAUCAGUCCGAACUGGACAUUUCCGUGUACGACAAGAAGAACCAGGAAGCCUUCAUCGGGCAUGUCCGUUUCAGCCCCAAUCUCGAGAAUUACGACGCCCCUCACGAAGCCUGGUACAAACUAAAGCCUAGAGAAGGCGAGACCGAUAAUGUUUCCGGCGAGAUCCAGCUCAGGCUCAGCUUCCAAAAGAUAGACAAGAAGGCCUACGGACCAGAGGACUUUGAAAUCUUGAGACUCAUUGGCAAGGGUACCUUUGGACAGGUUUUCCAGGUGCGCAAGAAGGACACGCAACGAAUUUACGCCAUGAAGGUGCUCUCCAAGAAGGUUAUUAUCCAAAAGAAAGAGAUUGCACACACUAUCGGCGAGCGUAAUAUUCUUGUACGCACUGCCACCGCCGAGUCACCUUUCAUCGUUGGGUUGAAGUUUUCAUUCCAAACUCCUGCGGACCUCUACUUGGUUACCGACUAUAUGUCGGGAGGAGAACUUUUCUGGCAUCUUCAGCGAGAGGGACGCUUCCACGAGGGCAGAGCCAAGUUCUACAUUGCAGAGCUGAUCCUAGCCCUGAGACACCUUCACCAGCAUGACAUUGUGUACCGUGACCUGAAGCCGGAGAACAUCUUGCUAGACGCCAACGGUCACAUUGCUCUUUGCGAUUUCGGUCUUUCCAAGGCCAACCUCUCCAAGGGCGAUACCACAAACACAUUCUGCGGCACCACAGAAUACCUUGCGCCCGAGGUUCUGCUCGACGAGCAAGGCUACACCAAGAUGGUAGAUUUCUGGUCGCUGGGUGUUUUGGUCUUCGAGAUGUGCUGCGGCUGGUCGCCAUUCUACGCCGAAGACACUCAGCAGAUGUACAAGAACAUUGCCUUCGGUAAGGUCCGCUUCCCCAGAGAUGCUUUGUCGACAGAAGGUCGCAACUUCGUCAAGGGACUACUGAACCGCAACCCAAACCAUCGUCUCGGAGCCAAGGCUGAUGCUGAUGAGCUUAUGGCCCACGCCUUCUUCGCUGACGUUGACUGGGCUGCCCUUGGUCGCAAGGCACUUGUGCCACCCUUCAAGCCCAAGCUCAAGGGCGAGUUGGAUGUCAGCAACUUUGACCCAGAAUUCACAAACGCUUUGUCGAGCGGCAACUCGUCAUCUCUCAAUGCUCGCGCCGCGGCUCUGGCUAGUGGCGUCAACCCAGCCAGCACACCCCUUAGCCCCACACUACAGACGGCAUUCAAGGGCUUCACAUUCGUUGACGAGAGUACUCUGGACAAACAAUUCGGCAACGACACUGCUCACUUGCACCAAUCACAGCAAGAUUCACAGGAUUCGCAAGAGGACGGUGACGAAUUGAAGAAGACUUUGAGCAAAGGAGAGCGCAUGAGCGGUGUAACUUCCUCAUCAAACGAACCCCAGGGCAUCUUCAACGACGGUAUGGACGUAUAA